AUGAGAGUGUGUUCUCUGCAUUUUCACUCGGGUAAACCAUCAUAUGAGAUGUUGGAGAAUCACCCUGACUGGACACCAUCCUUGCGAUGCUGCAACACACCUGUGUCAGACUGUGUUGAAGGUGUUCAAAGAUUGUUCAGCAACUCACUCAUGAUGAGGGAAAAGAGCAACAAGGGGAAAAUGCCCCCUCGGAAAUGCGACAUGUGUAGAGUAAUACAGGGUGCUGUGCUUGGACCUUAUGCCACGAGGUCCGGUCUGAAUCCUCAUCACCGGCGAGACUCCCCGGCCGACACAGCUCAAAAUGUCACACCAUUCAUCAACUUCCACAACAACGUCACGACACAUAGACCUUGA